CAACCCUGGGAGGUGAAUGGAGCUGAGAGAGAAUGACUGGUCCAGCAAGGUCACCCAGCUGGCUUUCAUGACUAAGAGCGUGGAGAGAGACCCAAAGCAGCCGCCAGGAAGACCCUGCAGUUGUUGCUGCUACCCCGCCUCCUCCCUUCUGGGCCGGAGGAGCGAAGGCUCUGUCCGCGUUGAGCUGUGUCCCUCCGCCAACCAGGGACUGAGGGAGACUCGAGCUGCUGUGACCGGGCUACAGGCGACCCUUUUGCAAAAUGGUGCCAACAAAACUGCGUGUGGCAGUAAUUGGGGCAGGAGCGGCAGGACUGUGUGCCGCCCGGCACAUCCUUGCCUCUUCUGAGACUUUUGCUCCACCCGCGGUAUUUGAGUCCUCGGAUCGCUUGGGAGGCACCUGGAUUUACACAGAAGAGGAAGAAGAUGCCAUGGGAAGAGCAAUCCAUUCCAGCAUGUACCGUGACCUCAGGACCAACCUGCCCAAGGAAUCCAUGGCCUUUCCAGAUUUCCCCUUUGACCCAUCACUGCCUUCAUUCCUGCACCACUCGGAUGUUCUGGCCUACCUGGAAAGCUAUGCAGAGCACUCUGGAGUCUGUGAUCAUAUCAGGUUCCAAUGGCAAGUGGAGGAGGUCAGGCCUGUCCAGAGGGAUGGAGGCAACCCAGGUGGCUGGGAAAUCAUGGCAACAGUGCAGCACCCAGAAUUGACUCGGCAAGUCACAGAGCACUUUGAUGCCAUCAUGGUCUGCACUGGCCAUUACGCUGUCCCAUUUAUACCUCCCAUUCCUGGGUUGGACACUUUCCAAGGUCGUCUUCUACACAGCCACUCUUAUCGCUAUCCAGAGCCCUUUGCCAACCAAUCUGUAGUGCUGGUAGGCGCUGGUCCAUCAGGAGUUGACCUGGCCUUGCAACUCUCCAAUGUAGCUGCUCAAGUAAUGCUCAGCCAUAAAAGGCAACAUGUGUGCGGGCUGCCCAAGAAUGUGAUACAGGUGCCCCCACUUCUGAAGGUGAGGCAAAAGACAGUGGUAUUCACAGAUGGUUCCAAGAUGCCAGCUGAUGUCUUGAUUCUCUGUACAGGCUACAAGUACAGCUUCCCCUUCUUGGACUUGGCCCAAUUGGGCUUACAAGAGACAGAUUAUGGAGUGGGGCCCCUGUACCAGCAUUUACUGCCCCCCCAGCAUCCGUCACUUUUCUUGAUCGGCCUUUGUCAGCUGAUCUGUCCUUUCCCACACUUCUACUGCCAGGUGCUCUUUGCACUGGCUGUGCUAAGUGGGCGCUGUUCUCUCCCUUCUGUGGCUGACAUGGAGGCUGAAGUCCAAAGACAGCUGAGACUACAUUUGAAGAAUGGAGGCUUGGCUCGGUACUUCCUGAAGAUGAGGGAACAGCAGUGGAGGUAUAUGGAGGACCUAGCUCACCUUGCUGGAUUCCCACCUGUGCCACCUGUUGUCCAACAAAUUUAUGAAGAUACCCACAUUAGCCGUCUUUGCAAUGUGAGCACCUAUCGUAGCAGAAACUAUCGGCUAUUGGGCCCAAGUGCUUGGGAGUUGGUGGAGGAUUGGGGUGAGAAUUGCAUAAAGACUGGCAAUGCAAAAUAAGGUCCAUUCGUCCCCACAUGGCCUCCUUCUCUCUUCAUCUGUGUGGCUCUCCUUCUAAGGCCCAACUGCAGUCAGCAGGAGUUAGGACAAGAAUUGCUGGGUGAGAUAGAGAAAGAACCAAGUCCUCCCACGGCAUCAUUGAAAUACAGGCAAGAAACUUGAAGCAGAUCAUAAAAAGAAGAAAAUAAUGUUUGUUCCAUCUGUAAAAGAAAGGGGGGGGCUAGAUUCACACAACACGCUAAAUCCUAAACCAGAUUUUAUAAAAAAACAACAGCAGUUGGUCUGUCUAUGUGGUUCUCUGUGACCAAACUAACAAACUGACAAAGCUAAGUGACAACCUAGUUUAGGAGCAUCCACCCAGCGGCAUGUUAAAAAAAAAAGGAGGAAAACUGCAACUGUGCACAGCUAACCAAUCCCAGUUUUGAUUAGUACCGUAUUUUAACCUCUAACUACAGUGUCCAGGCCAAGCUUUCUGGUGUGUUUUUGUGACUGGGCAAAGCUAGAAAGCCAGGUUUCCUUAAUUAACAACUCUUUUGGACUGUGCAUCACACUUUAUAAUCUACACUGCUUAUCACAGUCCAGAAAAUAUUGCCCUUUGUGCAUCGUGUAAAUAAUUAAAAAUGAGAACCUGAUUCCAAUGAGGGGGAAAAAAUCCAGUAAGCCAUAAUCUUUUGGUUCAACAUAGAGAGAGGAAGCUUAGGAGGGAAGAGGCAGAUCAUAGUGUUUUAUACCAAUCUGUUUUCUUAUAUUUGCACUAUAUGUACGGUGUCUUUGAAAGAAAUGAAUGGAAAUUCACAGCAGUGUUUUAAUUUGGGAGCUAGAAACUUCUUCUGGUGAUGUCCAAUCGAGGAGACAAAAAAUAAACCAAAAUUGUAAAUCUAUCUGAAAUGAAUGGAUUUCAUAUUUUAACCAAUUCCUGCUUCAAAAGACCUUAGAGCAGGAAUAGUCAACUUUUUUAUACCUACCGCCCACUUUUGUAUCUCUGUUAGUA